GAAUGAUGGUCCCAUCUCCGCCUGAGAUGAGGCAACUUUGGAAGAUGCUAUUUCCGCUCCUUAUUCUCCUUUACCUAUCAGGAGCUGUCAAGUCUCAAGUAAAUCCAGGUGUGUGUCGGUCCCCGUUAGGAAUGUCCAGAGGCCAGAUCUUAGAUGAAGACAUCUCAGCUUCCAGUCAGUGGUCUGACUCCACAGCAGCAAAAUAUGGCAGGCUGGACUGUGAGGAAGGAGAUGGUGCAUGGUGCCCUGAGAUAGCAGGAGACCCUGAGAAUAUGAACGAGUUCCUGGAGAUUGACCUCCGUUCUCUGCACUUCAUCACUCUGGUGGGCACUCAGGGACGUCACGCAGGGGGCAUUGGAAAUGAGUUUGCCCAAACAUACAAGAUCAAAUAUAGCCGCGAUGGCAGCCGCUGGAUCUCUUGGCGCAACAGGCAGGGCAAAGAGGUUAUUGAGGGGAACAGGAAUGCAUAUGACAUUGUGCUGAAGGACAUGGAGCCGCCCAUCAUUGCACGUUUUGUCCGCUUCAUGCCUGUCAUCGAUCACUCAAUGAACGUCUGCAUGCGUGUGGAACUGUAUGGCUGUGAGUGGCUGGAUGGCUUGGUUUCAUAUAAUUCUCCACUUGGCCAGCAGAUGACUCUCAGUGGACAGUAUAUUUAUCUCAAUGACUCGGUGUAUGAUGGAGCCAUGAGUUACAGUAUGACAGAAGGACUUGGACAACUGACGGAUGGCAUGUGUGGUCUCGAUGACUUCACACACAGUCACGUGUACAACGUAUGGCCUGGUUAUGACUAUGUCGGCUGGACCAACGAGAGCUUUCCCAAUGGUUAUGUUGAGAUCAUGUUUGAGUUUGACCGCACCCGCAACUUCACCACCAUGAAGGUGCACUGUAACAACAUGUUCUCCCAAAGGGUAAAGACCUUUCAGAAGGUGGUGUGUUAUUUCCGCUCAGAGUCAGACUGGGAGGCCACACCUAUAUCAUUCAGCCCUGUGAUGGAUGAUGUCAAUCCCAGUGCCCGCUUCGUCACCGUCUCACUCUACAAUCACAUGGCCAGUGCUAUUAAGUGUCAGUACUACUUUUCUGACAUCUGGAUGAUGUUCAGUGAAAUCACCUUCCAGUCAGAUACAGCCAUGUACAACACAACUCUGGCUCCGCCGAAGCCCGGUACUCCCACCAGUAAUCAACCAGAGGAUGACCCUACCCACAAAGUAGAUGACAGCAACACCCGGAUCCUGAUUGGCUGCUUGGUCGCCAUCAUCUUCAUCUUAGUGGCCAUUAUUGUUAUCAUACUAUGGAGACAAGUGUGGCAAAAGAUGCUUGAAAAGGUGUCUCGGAGGAUGCUGGACGAUGAACUAACUGCUAGUCUGUCAAUACAGAGUGAGACCUUCACCUAUAACAACAACAACAACAGCCCCUCCUCAGUGUCCAGCGAGCAGGAGUCCAACUCCACCUAUGAGCGCAUCUUCCCUCUGGGACCCGACUACCAAGAGCCCUCCCGUCUGGUCCGCAAACUGCCGGAGUUUUCCCAAACAUCCGAGGAUACCGCAUCAACAAGUACAGCUUCCAAGUCUCCUCCAGUGAGUGUGCAAGAGGGUGUCCCACAUUAUGCUGAGGCAGACAUAGUCAACCUGCAGGGUGUGACUGGGGGAAACACCUACGCUGUGCCCGCCCUCACCAUGGACCUGCUGUCAGGGAAGGAUGUCGCUGUGGAGGAAUUUCCUCGGAAACUGCUUACCUUUAAAGAAAAGCUGGGAGAAGGGCAGUUUGGAGAGGUGCAUUUGUGUGAAGCAGAAGGCAUGCAAGAUUUCAUGGAUGAGGACUUCUCCUUCGAUGUCAUUGAAAACCAAACAGUGCUUGUAGCUGUUAAGAUGCUUCGAGCGGAUGCCAAUAAAAACGCUAGGAAUGAUUUCUUGAAGGAGAUAAAGAUCAUGUCACGAUUGAAAGACCCCAACAUCAUCAGGCUGCUGGCAGUGUGUAUGAGCUCUGACCCUCUGUGUAUGAUCACCGAAUACAUGGAGAACGGAGACCUUAAUCAGUUCCUGUCUCGCCAUGAGCCUGAAGGCAUGAUCGCUCUCCUCAGCAACGCUCCAACAGUCAGCUACAGUAACCUGCACCACAUGACCACACAGAUCGCUUCAGGCAUGAAGUAUCUAUCUUCACUAAACUUUGUUCAUCGGGACUUGGCCACCCGCAACUGCCUUGUAGGGAAGAACUACACCAUCAAGAUUGCAGACUUCGGAAUGAGUAGGAACCUGUAUAGUGGAGACUACUACCGUAUCCAGGGAAGAGCGGUGCUGCCCAUCCGCUGGAUGUCCUGGGAGAGCAUUCUUCUGGGGAAAUUCACCACAUCCAGUGAUGUGUGGGCUUUUGGCGUGACCCUUUGGGAGAUGCUUACCUUCUGCAAAGAGCAGCCCUACUCACAGCUUUCAGAUGAGCAGGUCAUUGAAAACACAGGGGAGUUCUUUCGGGAUCAGAGGAGACAGUAUUUUCUUAUCCUCAGAUAUACCUGCCCCAGCCGCCAAUGUGUCCGGACCCCGUCUACAAGCUCAUGUUGAGCUGCUGGCACAGGAACACCAAAGAGCGUCCAUCUUUCCAGGAGAUUCAUCACACACUACAGGAAUGCAAGCCGUAGUGUCCACUUACGUGCCAACCUUGGCACUCCCAGAGACAUUUCAGUUCGCCCACAGGACUUCAGUCGACUACACACAUCAACACGCACUUAUACAUUCCCAUAUAUAGGAAGUUCGAUCAGAAUCUAUCAUUUUUUUCUGUAGCUAUUUUCACUGUGAGUGUGCAAAGGCAAACUGAUAUAUAAGUAUAUAUAUAGAUUGUAUGAUUGAACUAUACGCCCCCUAACUAAGUGCCUCAGUUGGCAUACAAUACCUGGGCAGCACUAGGCUAAAGAAAAUGUAGCAAUGAAUUUAUGCACCUUUAACACAGAAGAAUUGGAUUUUACACACUGUGUAU